AUGAACAAAAUGACCCUGAAUCACAAUGCUGUCAACUUCAGUUUGGCCAACUGUACGCUCCUGCCGUAUUACAUCCACUCGGCAGGGAUGGCAGUCAGCUACAUCCUCUCCUACCUGCUAGUGCUGCUGCUUUGUGUGGUGGGGAACGGACUUGUCUGCCUGGUGGUCAUCAGGAACCGCAACAUGCGUUCGGUCACUAAUCUCUUCAUCCUGAACCUGGCCAUUAGUGAUCUGCUGGUGGGCAUCUUCUGUGUGCCCACCACACUGAUUGACAGCCUUACCUCAGGUUGGCCUUUUAGUCAGAUCACCUGCACUAUGAGCAACCUGAUCCAGGGCAUGUCAGUGUCUGCUUCUGUCUUCACCCUGGUUGCCAUAGCAGUGGACAGGUUUAUGGGAAUUGUUCACCCUUUCCAUCACCGCCUGAGGCCUGCCACUGCAUUCUUCGCCAUCAUCUUCAUUUGGCUUCUUGCUUUUGCCAUCAUCUUUCCUUCUGCUGCAACCCUGACAGUCAUUCAUCUGGAUGACAUGUACAUGGUCCAGGACAACCAGAUGUAUCCACUAUUCGUGUGUUUUGAGGACUGGGCCAGAGCAGACAUGCGGCGAGUCUAUACCUUGGUCAUCUUCGUCCAGGUGUACCUGGCCCCACUCGGACUCAUAUGCAUCAUGUACGGCUGCAUCACUGCCAAACUCUCCAACAACCUACGUGAGAAUCGAGUCCGAUCCAGGAGGAGAAUGAAAGUCAUCAAGAUGCUCAUCAUGGUUGCCAUUCUCUUCAUGGUCUCCUGGCUUCCACUUUGGACUUUGAUGUUCCUCACGGACUAUCAGGAUCUAGACCGCCAACAGAUUGACUUCUUGAGCAGCUAUCUUUUUCCCGUAGCUCAUUGGUUGGCCUUCUUCAACAGUGGUGUUAAUCCGAUAAUCUAUGGCUUCUUCAAUGAGAACUUUCGGAGGGGCUUCCAGGCCGCUGUGGCAUGUGGCUCCUGCAGAUCUUUUGUGUCGGAAAUGCGUCACACACACUUUGCUCUCCUACCCCCUAACAGAGUAUCUGACGGGAACCAUGAUGUGACCAGCAUGUGGAAAGAACGUUGCUUCGCUGUAAUGCUUCAAGGGACGGGUCAUGGUAUUCAGGGAAUUCUCCUUGAGGACACGAAUGGAAUUACAGCUUCCCACAGAGUUAUUGGAGCCUGGAUGGAGUGA